GCUUUCUGCAAUCGCUCAUUUAUUCCGCCUGGGUGAAAUUUAAGAAUGCGCCCCAAACCCCGCCAGGUCUAGACUAUAUCUAGCAGAAUAUAUGCAUGGACUAGGUGCUGUUAUUCCUCCAAUCAGCUGGAUAAUUGAUUUACUCCUGGCUGGCGUCAUCACUUAUUCGCUGGUCUAUAAAACAUGAUGCAAAAAAUCCAUGAUCAAUGUCAUUUGUUCGGCGGUAGGCGAUUCAAGUGACAUCUAUGAUGAAGCCGCCAUCAGCUAGUCGCCUGCUCGGCGUGCUAGGUCUGUUUGCACUUCCUCAUGCCAACGCUCAGUCUCCCACAGCACAAACCCUGAAUGGCACGUAUAAAGGGUUUUAUUUGCCAGAUUGGGACCAGAAUGCUUUCCUUGGUAUUCCAUACGCGCAGCCACCUCUUGGUAGCCUCCGCUGGCGAUGGCCGCAGAGCAUCAACGAGUCCUUCGAUGGUGUGAGAGAUGCGACACAGUACGGCUAUAGCUGCCUGCAGUAUGGCUCGACCUUCAACGUUUCCGAGGACUGUCUAACCAUCAAUGUGAUCCGACCUGCUGGCAACUUUUCGGAGCCGCUCCCUGUCUUGGUUUGGAUCUAUGGCGGCGGACUAUACGCCGGCAGCACAGCCGAUCCACAGUAUAACCUUUCUGGUAUUGUCAAGGUUGGCCAGGAUAUUGGUCAACCUUUUAUCGGUGUCAGCAUGAACUACCGUCUGGGUAUGUGGGGAUUCCUGCAGACAGCCCAAAUCUUCGCUGAGGGUUCUAGCAAUGCCGGCCUGCUUGACCAGCGACUCGCACUGCACUGGAUACAGGAGAACAUCGACGCGUUCGGGGGCAAUCCUGACGAGGUUGUAAUCUGGGGCGAAAGUGCCGGAGCGCAAAGUAUCGCAUACCAAAUGUUUGCUUACGACGGUCGAGACGAUGGUCUAUUCCGCGGCGCCAUUUUGGAAAGCGGAGGACCGACAGGUGCGCAAGUCGAGACGAUUUCGUGGUAUAAUAGCGCCAACGAGAACCUCACCCGAGCCGCUGGCUGCUGGGGCGUGACAGAUCAGCUCGCCUGUCUUCGAUCGGUUGAUGUUGCCACACUGUUCGCUGCCCACCCCAGUGUCGUUUGGAACCCUAUCCUGGAUGGCGACUUGUUGACUGGCUAUCCAAGCCAGCUGAUUGAGGAAGAAAAAUACAACGCGGUGCCCAUUAUCACUGGCGCCAACACCGAUGAGACUUUCGCCAUCUCAGGCACGCUCAAUACUGAGCAAGACAUCUUCAAGUCGAUUUUCUCAUGGCGAUCGUACUCGUUGACGCCGCCAACAGUGCGCAAACUCUUCGAGUUGUACCCCGACGACCCCUGCUAUGCGGUCCCCUACUCGAUCAAAAAUUGCACGAGACAUCCUACACGUGGCUUACAGUGGCGAAGGGCUGCUUCCAUCGGAUCGGAUCUGGUGAUGGUGGCUCAGAGGCGCAAGAUGGCAGAACUGUACACUAAUGCUGGAAAGGAUGUGUACAGCUACCGCUUCGAUCAACGUCUGUGGAACGGUGCUGAAUGGGACGGAGUGAAACAUUUCGUGAAUGUGGCAUUCAGUUUCCAGAACAUUUCUGGGUUGUUAGGUGCCAGUCCGCAGUACGAUAGUCAUAAGAAGCUAGCACAUGCGAUUGGACAAGCAUAUGCGCAUUUUGUCAACGAUCUGGAUCCGAACGGGAAAGCAAACGGAACAUAUGCGGAAGCAAACAUCUUGCCGACGUGGCCCAAGUACAACCUUGAUACCCCGGAGAACAUGGUACUGAAUGCGACCGAGAACUGGGUUGAGGCAGAUACGUGGAGAAAGGAGGGUAUCACAUUCAUUAAUACGCCAGAAGUAUCAAAGGAGUUGUUAGCGUAGCUGGAAUGAACCAGAUAACAGUAAUGAAAGAUAAACAUUUACACGUCGCGAUCCUUUUAGAUUUCUUUUUCU